CUGCACAGGGUGGGGAAGCAACAAGACCCACCCUGCAAGUUUCGCUCCCCUCCACCAAUACGACGAUAACAUCCCGUAGUGGAGUGUGUAAGGAGGGGACGCAUAUGCAUAUGAAGUAGAAAUAGCUGUGUUUUAAGGAUUGUGGAUUUUUGCUGCAGUGCCAUCUGAACAUUGAUGCCACAGCUUCUUCACAUGCAUGGACGAAAAGCCGUUCCUUCCCACCCAUCUCUCCCUCCCAUCUCUCUCUUUGUCCCUCUUUCUCCCCAUCAGAAGCAUCAUUUGAAUUCCACCGGUUUUCCCUGCGUUGUAUUUGGCUCUUUCUUGAAGUUGGAAAUCAUAGCAGCUUCAGUUCAUCAUUGGACAUUGAGAGUUGGACAGGACUAAAAGUGGACUAAUCAGGCGAUUUUUCAGCUCUCACAUUUCUCACUGGGUGUCUCUGAGUGCCUCUGUGCGUGUGUGCUUGUGUGUGUGUUUGUGUGCUUGUGUGUUUCUGGAUGCGUGUCUGCAUGUAUCCCCAGCACCCCUCCCCACCUCGCUAUCCUUGGAUUACGUAUAUGUGUGUGUGUGUUUGAGCAUCCCAUUCCGUGGAAUCCUUUUUAUCUAUUUUUCCACCCGUCCCUGUGUCUUUUCUGAAUGUCCGGCAGUGUCGGGUAUCUUUCUGCCAUGUGCUACCCAUGCCUAUCACAGGGUUAACCCUAAAUGAGCCAUAAAGGACGGCAGGGAAGGAUGAGUGAGUGUUCUGGGGCAGCCGUAUCUGGGGCAGUGAUCCUGGAAGAACCUGAGGGUCCAGGGGGCUCAGGUGGCCGUGGAGAGGGCCAGGCCCAGGAUCAGGGCCCUUUAAGAUGUGGAGGUUGCACACUGUGGCCUCGCCAGCAGACAUGGCUCUGUGUGGUCCCUUUACUCAUUGGUUUUAUUGGCCUGGGAUUGAGCCUGAUGCUGCUGAAGUGGAUCGUAGUUGGGACAGUCCGGGAUUAUGUGCCAACAGACCUGGUGGAUGCUAAUCGAAUAGGCCAGGAUCCUAUUUUCCUGUCUAAGCCCAGUGGCAUUCCUAAAAGCCCAGAUACUACCACCACAACUACUCCUACCAUUGGUGGCGGGAACCCCACACCUAGAACUGUAACAGUGGCCAAAGGUAGAACUCGAUCCACUGCCCCCACCACUACCAUUAACCCAAGAGGGGGCGGAGCCUCGGGUAGUCAAGUAACUCCUCGGAAUCCUGCUCAUCGUAAUGGACGUGGGCCUCCGGGUAUUACUACAUCUACAGCAACUCUGCAAACCACAUCCAUAAUUGGGGCAGCAACUUCAAGUCCAUCUCCAUCCAACCCAACAGUCCUGCAUGACUCCACACAGAUGUGGACCCAGGAGCACACAACCACUGAGAGGGUCUCCACCAUGCUCACCACACGUAUGAACAGUCACCGCAAAACACCAUCGCCGACCAUCCCUCCGCUGCGCUCCGAGCAUUUCAAACCCUGUCAUGAGAAGGACCUGGCCUACUGCCUGAAUGGUGGUGAAUGCUUUGUCAUCGAGACGCUCAGCGGGCCUCACAAGCACUGCAAGUGUCGAGAAGGCUACCAGGGAAUCCGCUGUGACCAGUUUCUGCCCAAGACAGACUCCAUCCUGUCUGACCCAAAUCACUUGGGCAUCGAGUUUAUGGAGAGCAAGGAGGUGUACAAGAGACAGGUCCUGUCAAUCACGUCCAUUGCCAUGGCGAUCAGCCUUCUGGGCACCCUCUGUAUGGCCCUCUACUGCCGCAACAAGAGGCGCAGAGAGAAGCUCCAGGCCCAUUUAAAGGAGAGUCGCAGCCUGAAAAACUACAGUGCUAACUCCUCUAAUGCCCUGGAUCCCAAGGCAAGGAUGUCCAACACCAACCUACAGAUGCAUAAGUACUGUAAAAGGUCCUCCCAGUCUCGCGAGGGCACUGUAUGUGAAUCCAGCUUUGCCCAUUGCAAUAUUACCAACACCUCCUGCAGCAGCUCCAGAGGCACGGCAAAACAUCACAGAAGUGGCUCCUUGUCCCACAGCCCAGAUCAGAGAAGUCGGCCAACCCACUGGUCAGCUCCUCGCAGGACUCCACCCAUACCCAGAGGAAGGCUGAAUCCAAUUGGAGGAUCCAAAUAUUCAGGCCCCGCCUACCAACAUCUCCAGGAGGUGGAGUCAUCUGAGAAGGAGGCUGAGGCACAGACAGGGUGCCAGAUGCAGGGCGAGAAGCCAGGCAGCGACCCCAGACAAGACACCUUCCUACAUAUGCAACCUCCUGUUUCAAUGGAGGCAAGUCCGUCAUUGGCGUGGAGCGGCCGCGUGGAGGUGCGUUCGGGUUUGUGCGCUCCCUCCGACCACCAGGAUCUGAACCCCGCCACCCGCAGCCUGCGGAGGCCCAGCCGGCGCCACAGCCACUCCCCGCCUCCUCCGUUUCGCUCGUGUUCAAUCCCCAUCAUCCCCUCUGUCCAGUGUCACCAUGACAACGAGGUGUCGUGUAUGCAAACCAGCAACACCCCGGUGGCCACGUCCUCAUCCAUGUCGGUCACCUGCGGAGCCACGCCCUGCAAGGAAGCAGGAAGACCGCGAGAGGGAGCGCGCGGGGCGCCCUCUACUUCCUGCUCGUCCGCCAUCGGCCAGCAGCAGGAUGAGGUGGCCCUGCUAUUGGAGGAGGCGCAGGAGCAGCUCAGGGCGUUGGCUCUGGCUCAUAGGAAGCACGAAGAGGGUGGGCUCAGCAACAGUGGCAGCGGGUCAGUGGCUGCGCUCGUGGAGGUCAGAGAAACUGUUUGCUUCCUGAACCCUAACGGAGGAGGAGCCGGGGGGUCGAGCUCUAAUGGGCCCACGGAGACCCAGUUACUCAGCCCCAAUCUAUCACACAGAGACUUGGGCCAGGCCGGCCAAUGAAAGGACAACAUUUAGGACAUUCACUUUUGGUUUGACAGUGUUCGACAGACUCUGGUGUUUUGGACUCAAGAUUGCAGACACUGAAUCUACGGGACAAAAGGGACAGUGACGAAUAGAAAAAAAUAUCAAAUCAUGGAGAAUCUGAUCAUGUGCUGAUGAUAUGCAUGGAUACAUGCAAACACUCGAGUGGCCGCCUCUACACCGACUGACAGUAUGGAAAAAGAGAAAAAAAUAUUUACAUGCAUUUAUUUACAAAAACGAGAGAAACACUUCUACUUAGACAAAAAGAAACCAAAUAGUCUGUCAAAUCCAUGGUGUUUUUAAUUGUAAAAAGAAUAUAUAAAUAUAUAUAAAUAUAUAUGGAUAUAAAUAUAUGGAAUUCAAAAAGUGACCAAGUACAAAGUUGAAGAACACAGGAAUGAUGUAACUAUUUUUCUUUUUCUCUUCUCCCUGUUUUUUUGUAUUAUCCCGUCCACUUUUUGUUUCUGGCUCAAUUGUAACCUAGGAACGUCAUCCCUUAUUAACGUCCCAUCACACAUCCAUGAGCCAUGAGUCAUUGUAUGAGCCCACCCAGAGUCAGAAUGGCCGGAAAUGGAGGACGAAUCCACAACGAAUGCCUGAGAGAGCCUUUUGAACGUCUGUCUUACCCUGCCAAGAAUCACAAGUACAACUGUCCAUGAUAACCAACACCACCUUGGAGUCACGGUGCAAAACAGCGCCUCCCUGGCUGAACGCGAGGAACAGUGAUGGAUGGAGAAGAGCAAGAAAAGAGAGGGAGAGAAAGAGUAAAUACUCACAGUACACAAAAAACAAUGGACUUAUACAACCGGGCUGAUCUGGGAGAGCAGAUUGUUGAAGACAGUGCCAAUGCUGACUCCCCAACGGCCACUGUUUCAAUCCAAUGUAUUUUUUUACAAAUGAGAUCCUCACACAUAUAUGCACACACACAUAAACCACUGUAUAGGUCCCCUGUGUGAAACUGUGUGGCUGGGGUGGAUGGGUGGGUGGAUGGAAAAAUGAUUGGAUGGCUGGUUGGCUAGAGAGAAGGUUGAAGGGAAAACAGAGGGCUAAUAGGCACCAUGGAGGCAUAUCUGCAAUUUUUUUCCCCCUUUUUUCUUUUUUUUCACUCUUGGUCGGUAAUGAACAAUGCUGCUUUCCGGGGCUGAUUGGAGGGAGAGCCACAAGGUUUGGCAAUCCCAGAGUUCUUGAAACAAGAAAUAAAUGUCUAUGUUGUAUCCUG